GCAUACUCUUGCAGGUUGGUGCUUCUCCCGCCGAUUCCACACAGUCGACCGGACGAUCCAUAUCUUCUUCCUCCGUCGCCCCGGAAAUUCCCUCGCCGGCGCCUUACAGUAAAGCGAAAUGCAAUAGAUAGAUAGGUGGCGUUUCGAUACGUGUCUCCAUCCAAUGGUUUUCUCUCCACUGCACUCUUCACAGAUGCUAAUGCUUUGUUCCUCCGGCUGCUGCACUGUUUACUGGAUUCUCUCCGUCAAGUGAAGGAGAGAUGAAUUGCCAGCUCAACAGAAAUCUCCAGCUGCUGAAAGUAGUCCCGCCAGUUUUGGGUGGAUUUAAACCUUCGUUGGCUGCCAAGGGAAUCCCAACCGGAGGAACGAAUUUGACUCCUUCACUUCCCGCGCUGGACUUGUCCAAUGAGUCAAAAAUCCGUCAGUGCUCGCUCGAGAACACAAGAAUGUUACAUGCCCGUUCGCUUCAAACGGGAUGGUUACCCUCCGCGCUGUUUGUUGCUAACUCUCUGCUUGGAUGGUACUGUAAGUCUCAAGCUUUGGUUGAUGCUGUCAAGCUGUUCGACACAAUUCCUGAGCCAAAUGUGAUUUCUUGGAAUACUGUGAUUUCUAGCUAUAAUGACAAAUAUUUGUUUGAAGACUCUUGGAGAUUCUUUCGCAGGAUGCACGCUUCGGGGUUUCCGCCUAAUGAUAUUACCUAUGGCAGUGUUCUUUCUGCUUGUGCCUCCCUCUCGGCUCCUAUUCUAGGUGAGCUGGUGUAUUCGCUCUCAGAAAAGAAUGGGUCUUUCUCAAGUGGGUAUGUUCGUGCAGGGAUGAUAGAUUUGUUUGCGAAGAAUGGUAGGUUAGAAGAUGCUUUCAAGGUGUUCAAUGAAGUUAAUUGUGGCAAUGUGGUCUGCUGGAAUUCAAUGAUCUCUGGCGCUGUUAGAAACGGGCAGAAUUCGGCUGGUUUGCAUCUUUUCCAAAGAAUGGGUCGCGAGUUCUUGGUGCCAAAUAGUUUCACAUUUUCUAGUGUUUUGACAGCCUGUGGGGCUCUUGAAGAUAUUCAGAUUGGAAGAGCAGUUCAUGGGUGGGUGAUUAAGUGCAAUUCGAAAGACGUAUUUGUGGGGACUGCCUUAGUUGAUUUAUACGCCAAAGUUGGUGAUAUGGACGAAGCUGCCAAGGAGUUCAAUCGAAUGCCUGUCCGCAAUGUAGUUUCGUGGACUGCCAUUAUAUCUGGUUUUGUCAAAAAAGAUGAUUCUGUCUCUGCACUCAAAAUUUUCAGGCAAAUGAAGAAUACGAAUGAGCGAAUAAAUAACUUUACUAUCACUAGUGUCCUGACUGCAUGUGCAAAACCUGACAUGGCUAAGGAAGCAAUCCAAAUCCAUUGCUGGAUAGUCAAAGCUGGAUUUCAUCUGGAUGCAGUAGUUGGCGCGGCUUUACUUAAUACAUAUUUGAAAAUAGAAGCUUUCGAUUGUUCAGAGAUGUUAUUUUCAGAAAUGGACGAGAUAAAGAACCCAGGUAUAUGGGCUGUUAUGAUAUCUUCCCUUGCCCAGAGUCAUAACUCUGGAAGGGCUGUUGAGAUGUUUCGGAAAAUGUUGCAGGAGGGUCAAAGACCAGAUAAGUUUUCUUAUUCUAGUAUCUUGAGUGUUGUCAACUGUUUGCAUUUAGGGAGGCAAAUUCACUGCCAUGCGCUAAAAUCUGGAUCUGUGUUUGAUCUUUCGGUUGGAAGUUCUCUUUUCACAAUGUACUCAAAGAGUGGUAGCUUACAAGAUUCAUACGAAGUCUUUGAGCAAAUUCCUUUCAGAGACAAUGUUUCUUGGACCUCAAUGAUUGCAGGGUUCGCAGAGCAUGGCUGUGGGAAGCAAGCUCUUUCACUUUUCAGGGACAUGGUUUCUGCAGGAAAUAAACCUGAUCAGAACACACUGACAGCUGCUCUUGGUGCAUGUUCAGUUCUCCAAUCCCUACAUAAGGGGAGAGAAAUUCAUGGUUAUGUUUUUCGAGCUGGAUUAGGCACUGAGUCAUUUGCUGGUGGUGCACUUGUUUCUAUGUAUGCAAAAUGUGGUGCUCUAGCAUUUGCAAGUAAAGUGUUUGGCAUGCUUCCUAAGAGGGAUCAGGUUGCAUGCUCUUCCUUGGUUUCAGGGUAUGCUCAAAAUGGUCUCCUUGAAGAGGCAGUGGUCCUAUUUCACGAAAUGAUAGCUUCUAAUUUUAAAGUCGACUCGUUCACGAUAUCCUCUGCCCUAGGAGCUAUAAACAGUUUGGACCUAGGGCUGCAAGUUCAUACACUUGUUACGAAAGUGGGCCUAGCGUCUGAACUUUCAGUAGGAAGUUCACUGGUCACAAUGUACUCCAAGUGUGGAAACAUUGUAGAUUGCUCUAAAGCUUUUGAUCAGAUUGAUGAGCCUGACCUUAUAAGUUGGACAUCACUGAUAGCAAGCUAUGCUAGUAAUGGGAAAGGUGAAGAGGCUUUACAAGUCUACGACCAUAUGAUCGAAAAGGGAAUUCAACCUGAUGCUGUAACUUUUGUGGAGAUUAUCUCAGCUUGUAGCCAUGCUGGUUUGGUUGAAAGAGGCCACUCGUGUUUUCAUUCAAUGACCAGAGACUUCGGGAUUGAGCCUGACAACCGUCACUUUGCCUGCAUGGUUGAUCUUCUGGGCCGUUCAGGCAGGUUGAAAGAAGCUGAAAGGUUCAUAGACAGUAUGCCUAUUGACCCUGAUUCCCUUGUGUGGACUUCGCUGCUUGCUGCUUGCAAAUUGCAUGGAGAUGUUGAGCUUGGAAAAGUAGCAGCAGAAAAGGUUAUGGAAUUGGCACCAGGCCGUUCAGGAACUUACAUCUCAUUGUCCAACAUCUUUGCAGAUGUAGGAAAAUGGAAGGAAGCAGUAGAGAUAAGAAGAAGGAUGAGUAGAAUUGGAGUCAUCAAGGAACCUGGGUGGAGCUUCACAUGAGACACCCUGUUUGAUCAUUCAUGUGGAAUUCUCAUAUCGAGUCAAUCCGUAUGCAUCCAUGAUAAAAUGGAAGACAUGGUCACCCACUUAAAGUGAGUAUAACUAAAACAAAAUUUUCCCUUUUCUUGGUCUAUCCUUGCUCAUCUUCUGUAAGUGAUAGCAAUUCAAAAUUACCUGCUCUGUUCACAGAUCCCAAACUUAAGCCUGCUGGAUACAAGAUAUCUAGUGUAUCAAGGAACUGAGUGACAGUGAACUGACUAAAUGGGUGUGAUCCAUUGAGGUGCUGUAAAAGAGAGGUUAGUCUCUAUCUCAGUUUCUUCACCAUUUUGGUUGGCUUUUUUGUUUGUCACUUGAGAAAAUAAAUUUAAAUAUUCUCGGGUGGAAUCUGUUGGUAUCUUCAUCUGGUAGAAUAUGUUUGCAUCUUUAAUGCAGUCGUGAUGGUUGUGUACCACACCAUCAUGAAGAGAACCAGUGGACCCAAAUGUCCCAUUACUGGGCAGAGGUUCAUAGGAGUACGUUAUGUGUGCUUGUGUAUGUUUCUUUCUCCCACCUCUGUUACCUCCGAGGAUGCAUCUUACCUUAUGAUAGGCACUGUCAUCAUUUGUAGUAUGUCAGAGUCGAUAUGUUUCCAUAUUGAAGUGACAAGCUCGAUCUACCUGACUUCCUCUUCCGAAUGCUGCAAAAGUUUGCUUUUAGCUUUUUGGCAUCCAGUUAUGUGGAAGUCAUUAGAAUAUCCAGUAAUGUGUAUAUAAGGGCACAUUUCCUUGAGAAUAAACAUUCUCAAUAUUUUGCUGUGCUUGCAGAACACCCGAGACCUGCUCCAGCCCUCAAGAGAUGGAAGGCUGCAAGGAACAGGGAGCACAGUGAAGCUCUGUGGGUUGAAGGCGUCAACAGACUGGCAAAGACAGAGGGCAAGUAGGAUUAACCCCACCUGAUCAACCCCAGUGGAUUUUCCCUCAGAAGGCUUUGCAAGUAAAAAACCCUCUCAAAAUGCUUCUUCUCAUCAGUAAUUGAUCACAUACUCGCCUCGUCUGCCCAUUAGAACAGAGGUGGAGAUCUCUUGGAAGCCGCCCUCCGGAGUGGGUAACUCUCAAUUCUAAUGGCUCUGUAAAACCAGAUUCGGGAUAUGCUUCAGCAGGUGGCUUGAUUCAAGAUCAUAAAAAAUGUUGCUUAGCAGCAUUCGCUUUGACUUUGGUGUGUGCUCCAUCACCCGAGCAAACCUGAGAGAUGCAAAUGAAUGUCUUCAGUUUGAGACGCUGGACACUGCCGAGUGUGCGUAGAGCUAGACUCCAAGUGUGUUGUACUCCUGUUGCAGAGUAGGGAGGAGCUCGAUCACUUGAAUGAAACCAUUAUCCACUGGUUUCAAGAGUUGUUCACUCAGGACUGGGAAGUUUUGAUUUCCUACAUAUACCGUGAAGGCAAUAAGUGUGACAGAGUCCU